AGAAGGAGGAGUUUGCACCCGCCGCACUCAGUCACUGUAGCCCGGCAUCUAACGGUCUACACCCCGCGACCAAUCACUCGGAAAAUAAACAGUUAUUAUUAGAUGGAUUUUUCAUAAAUCCAGCCAGCUUCUUGAUUUGGUCGGUUGUAAGGUGAAGUGGAGCGUGGACUGCGUGUGGCGCGGACGGGGCGUGUUUUUCAGCUGAACAGCGGGGGAAGUGUGAAGCCAAACACGGUACAGUCAGAGAGUGUGAGACACGGACCGAGUAAGGUAGACACUAAAGCAGCAACAGUGAGUUGUUCCGUCAGUUAUCUUCGCAUCUUCAGCUGAGGUUACACCUUAGACCACUCAGAGAUUCCACCAUGGACAUGGAGACAGUAAGAAUGGCACAGGACCAAUGCUCCGAUAUGUCAGACUCGGUUCAUAAGCGGAUGACAUCUGGUUUGACGUGCCGAGUCUGCGGCGAUAUCUCCUCGGGCAAGCACUACGGUAUCUACGCUUGCAACGGAUGCAGCGGCUUCUUCAAGAGAAGCGUCCGAAGAAAACUCAUUUACAGGUGUCAGGCUGGGACGGGGAUGUGUGUAGUUGACAAGGCCCAUCGUAAUCAAUGUCAAGCCUGCCGCUUGAAGAAAUGUAUGGAGACAGGCAUGAAUAAAGAUGCCGUGCAGAACGAGCGGCAGCCCCGCAACACAGCCCAGAUUCGCCUGGACUGCGUCCCGUCAGUUACUGCCGUGGAUCACCAUGAUUUUGACGGUAGUCCGGGGAGCAUCAUCCGGGGCGAGCAAGCUUCAUCUACCGUGCCCUCCAUGCACCGUCCCGUCACCCCGACCCUCAACCACCGCUUCAUGGCCAGCCUCAUGACGGCUGAAACUUGUGCUAAGCUCGAACCAGAAGAUGCACUUCAAGACAACGUAGAUGUAGACGUCACUGGAGGAAUGGACACAGAUUCUGAUGAGCGGAGUUUUCGUCAUCGUGGCUCGGGCUCAGGACAACACAAUGACAACCUGACACGUGAUAUGGCUAUCUACCCAGGAGCACAGGAGAAUAUCUACGAGUCCUCAGCCAGAUUGCUAUUCAUGGCUGUCAAGUGGGCCAAGAAUUUGCCGUCCUUCUCAAAUCUUCCAUUCAGGGACCAAGUUAUUUUGAUCGAGGAAGCGUGGAGUGAACUCUUUGUUCUCUGUGCCAUCCAAUGGUCCAUGCCGCUGGAAUCCUGCCCUCUCUUGUCCCUCUCAGAACACGCCCAUGAAGUGGGAGCCACGUCUCCCGAUACCAAAGCCGUAGCCAUGCUGUCUGACAUCCGGGUCCUUCGUGAGGUCAUGGCACGAUUCAAAUCGUUUGCAGUGGACGCAGCGGAGUUUGCUUGCAUGAAAGCCAUUGUACUGUUCAAACCAGAUACCAGAGGUUUGAAGGAUCCCAUCCAAGUCGAGAGUUUACAGGACCAAGCUCAGGUCAUGCUGGGUCAGCACGUCAGGAGCCAGCAACCAGCGAAUCCCAGCAGGUUCGGUCGUCUCCUCAUCCUUCUCCCAUCUCUUCGUUUCAUCUCAUCGGAUAAGAUUGAACGGAUCUUCUUCCGUUGCACCAUCGGCAACACGCCCAUGGAGAGGUUGCUGUGUGACAUGUUCAAAAACUAAAGCAACCAUUGACGUCACAAGGUCACAUGAUCAUUGCGUCAUCGUUUUACACUGAUUGAAAAUAAUUAAAAAGUACAUCCGAAUUUUCAACAAAUCGUUUUAUUAAACACAAAUAUACGAUAAAGUUAGAGCAUAUAGAGGAAUAUUUUUCAUUCCUCCAUGGUUCGAGUGCUUUGUUCGUCCAACCACAAAAAUUGUUUACACUUGGAUCUUUAUGUAGUCGAAUUUCAAGAAGAAAUCACAGAAGUUGAGUGUAGAAAUGUUUCAUAACGCGUGGUUUCUUUACAAGUGCAAUCUAUUAUAUCCACACUGGCGAAGUGUCAUGAAUUUAAAAGGAAAAAUGUAAUAUAUCUGUAUAUUAUGGACUUGAAUAUUUGGUAGUAUGAAGUAUUUGUAAAUAAUGUUAAAAUGAUGAGUAUGUGCAAUAUUUGUGCUAAUUAGGGUGAUUAUUUAACUUUAUUGCAAUCAUAUAGAGGUUGGAGGGUUAGGUCUAUUUUAUCAAUUUAAAUAUUAUUAAUGCACAAAUGGUUAACAUUCUUGAUUUCAAACAUUAUUUCAUCGGACGGUAGAUAAUCUCAUAAUUUGCCUGCUAUAGUUACAGAAUAAUUACAAUUCUGUCAAAAUUGUGCAAUUUUGACAGAAUUGGAUACAAAGGUAUGGGCGGAUUUAGGACGAGUAGUGAAAUUGAAGUCAAUUGACAGACAAAAAUGACGGAAGGUGGAGGGGGAAUUAUGGUAAUCUACUGUAGGAAAGGAGCUAGGCCCUGGAGAAUGGACAUUUCUAUUAAUUAAAAAUUAACUGUAAAUAUAAUAAACUAUUGCACUAGAUGGAAAUAAAAAGCACGAAUGAGGAAA